AUGAUCCCCGUGGCGGAGUUCAAGCAGUUCACGGAGCAGCAGCCUGCAUUCAAGGUGCUGAAACCCUGGUGGGAUGUGCUGGCAGAGUACCUCACCGUGGCCAUGCUCAUGAUUGGCGUCUUUGGCUGCACCCUGCAGGUGACACAGGACAAGAUCAUCUGUCUGCCAAGCCAUGAGCCCCGGGAGAACGUGUCGGAGGCCCCGUGCCAGGAGCUGCUGCCGCGGGGGGUGUCGGAGCAGAUCGGGGGGCUCCGGGAGGUCAGUGGCCUCAAGAACAACCUAGACCUGCAGCAGUAUAGCUUCAUCAACCAGCUGUGCUACGAGACGGCCCUGCACUGGUACGCCAAGUACUUCCCCUACCUGGUGGUCAUCCAUACGCUCAUCUUCAUGGUAUGUACCAGCUUCUGGUUCAAGUUCCCGGGCACCAGCUCCAAGAUCGAGCACUUCAUCUCCAUCCUGAGCAAGUGUUUCGAUUCACCCUGGACCACGCGGGCCCUGUCCGAGGUCUCCGGGGAGAACCACAAGGGUCCAGUGGCUGCCAGCGGCAAAGGUGCGGCCACCGGGACGUCUGUUGCUGCCACUGCCGCUGCCGCUGCCGCCGCCGCCACCACCACCCAUGCAGCCGGGAGCGGGCCGGGCAAAACGGGCGAGGGUGAGAAAGAGAGGGAGAAGGUUCUGGUAGAACCCGAAAAGGUGGUGACCGAGCCGCCCGCCGUCACCCUGCUGGACAAGAAGGAGGGUGAGCAGGCCAAAGCUUUAUUCGAGAAGGUCAAGAAGUUUCGCGUGCACGUGGAAGAAGGGGACAUUCUGCACAGAAUGUACAUCCGGCAGACGGUCCUCAAGGUGUGUAAGUUCUUGGGGAUCCUCAUCUACAACCUGGUCUACGUGGAGAAGAUCCGCUUCCUGGUGGCCUGCCGGGUGGAGACGUCCGAGGUCACGGGCUACGCCAACUUCUGCUGCAACCACACCAAAGCCCACCUGUUCUCCAAGCUGGCCUUCUGUUACAUCUGUUUUGUGUGCGCCUAUGGCCUCACCUGUCUCUACACGCUGUACUGGCUCUUCCACCGGCCCCUCAAGGAGUAUUCCUUCCGCUCGGUGCGGGAGGAGACGGGCAUGAACGACAUCCCGGAUGUGAAGAACGAUUUCGCCUUCAUGCUGCACCUCAUCGACCAGUACGAUUCGCUCUACUCCAAGCGUUUCGCCGUCUUCCUCUCGGAGGUCAGUGAGAGCCGCCUCAAGCAGCUCAACCUCAACCACGAGUGGACGCCGGAGAAGCUACGGCAGAAACUGCAGCGCAACGCCCGGGGCCGCCUAGAGCUGGCCUUGUGUAUGCUCCCGGGCUUGCCAGACACGGUCUUCGAGCUGAGCGAGGUGGAGGCGUUGCGCCUGGAGGCUGUGGGUGACAUCACCUUUCCUCCGGGACUCUCGCAGCUCGUGCACCUGCAGGAACUCAGUCUGUUACAUUCGCCCGCCCGGCUGCCCUUCUCUUCGCAAAUUUUCCUGCGGGAUCGGCUCAAGGUGAUCCGAGUCAAGUGUGAGGAGCUGCGGGAGGUGCCCCUGUGGGUGUUCGGGCUGCGGGGCCUGGAGGAGCUUCAUUUAGAAGGGUUGUUUCCUCCCGAGCUAGCCCGGGCAGCCACCCUGGAGAGCUUACGGGAGUUGAAACAGCUCAAGGUGCUGUCGCUGCGGAGUAACGCAGGCAAGGUGCCAGCCAGCGUCACCGACGUGGCUGGCCACCUGCAGCGGCUCAGCCUGCACAACGACGGGGCCCGCCUGCUGGCGCUCAACAGCCUCAAGAAACUAACGGUGCUGCGGGAGCUGGAGCUGGUGGCGUGCGGGCUGGAGCGUAUCCCGCACGCCGUCUUCAGCCUGGGCGCGCUGCAGGAGCUGGACCUGAAGGACAACCACCUGCGCUCCAUCGAGGAGAUCCUGAGUUUCCAACAUUGCCGGAAGCUGAUCACGCUGCGGCUAUGGCACAACCAGAUCGCCUAUGUCCCCGAACACGUGCGCAAGCUCCGGAGCCUGGAGCAGCUCUUCCUGGCUUACAACAAACUGGAGACGCUGCCCAGCCAGCUGGGCUUGUGCACCGGCCUCCGGCUGCUGGAUGUGUCUCACAACGGCUUGCGCUGCCUGCCUCCCGAGCUGGGCCUCCUGCAGAACUUACAGCACCUCGACGCCUCUUACAACGCCCUCCAACUCCUGCCCGACGAGCUGUUCUUCUGCCGCAAGCUGCGCACGCUGCUGCUCGACUACAACCAGCUGAGCCACCUCUCGCCCCACGUGGCGGCCCUGGGGACCCUCAGCCGCCUGGGGCUCAAGGGCAACAGGCUGGAGGCGCUGCCCGAGGAGCUGGGCAACUGUGGGAGUCUCAAGAAGGCCGGGCUGCUGGUGGAGGAAGUCGUGUAUCAGGGCCUGCCUGCUGAUGUGCGAGAGAAAUUGGAGGGAGAAUGA